GGAUCAUCACCAGGUAAGCAUUUCGGUCAUCUGCGCACGUUAACACCAUGCAGAUCAAGAACCGCACCUUCAUCGUCAGCGGAGGCUCCAGUGGCCUCGGACUAGCCACCACUUUGAUCUUUUUGCAGAAUGGCGCCAAUGUCUCUAUCCUCGAUCUGAAUCCUCCUCCCUCCGAUGCGUCGUCGCUCCUUAACACAUCCAAGGUCAUCUUCAACAAGACCAAUGUCGCUUCUACCGAAUCCUUACAGGCCGCACUGAAGAGCACGUUGUCAUGGACUCAAGAAACCCACAUGGCUCUCUCGGGCGUGAUAUGCUGCGCUGGUAUCGGAACCGCUGCGCUCUCCCUCCCAAAACAAGACCCCUCCGCCACACAUGAGUCGGUGAAAUACAUGGACAUGUCAGUGUUUGACCGAACGCUGACCAUCAAUGUGCGAGGCACCGUGGACCUGAUCCGUCUGGCCGUGCCACACAUGGCAUUGAAUCAACCGUGGGGCCCUGAUGGUGAACGAGGCAUCAUUGUCGUGGUCUCUUCAGUCGCAGCCUACGAAGGGCAAGUAGGGCAAUUGGCCUACAGCGCAAGCAAGGGUGCUGUCAGGAGUAUUGUGUUACCACUGGCGAGAGAAUUAGGGCAGAAGGCAGGUAUUCGAGCGUUGGGCAUUGCGCCUGGUGUCUUCCAGACGGGAAUGACCGCGCCAGUGAAGAAGACUGCCGCAGCGCCAGCCAAAAAGGAGGGAGUCGAAAGCAAGCCGAAGGGUAGCACUGGUUCUCGUGCAUCAAUCAAUACUGAGAUGAUCCAGUACCCAAUGCGCAUGGGGAGAGGGGACGAAUUCGCCCGUCUCGUCAAAGAAAUGGUUGAGAACCCCAUGCUCAACGGUAUUGUUAUACGUCUCGACGGCGCGGUUAGAAUGCCUAGCCGGCUGUGAUGCAACGCAUAUCAGGGGAUUGUACUGCCGUACCUCUUAGAGCGUGAUCUUGGAAAUCAGAAUAGAAACAACUCAAAGUCGAAAUAUUGCAAAUCUUUGUACCUAGGUAUUUAAUCAUAUUCUAC